UCCGGUGACGAAAAAAUGACAACAAAGAAGGAAAAUAUAUUUGAUUAGUAUUUUUUUGUCUAUUUGUGUUUGAUAAUUGGCAGUAUGGAAGCAUGCCAAGCUGUGGAAAAAGAAGUUAACAAAGUUCUUGAAAAAUUUACAGGUUUGAACCAACAUUAUGCCAAUAACCUAGAUGAACUGAUGAACUCCAUCCAGAGCAUUCAAAGAGAACUUAACGAAGGUCCUGAAGACAAUGAGUUGACAGCCACACAGUCAUUGAUUCUAAUCCAGACAUUAAGACGACUAAAAGAAGCUGUGUCAAGAUAUGGACAGGAACACAAAGAUCUUCACAGUACUGUCUCAAAAGUAGGAAAAUCUGUGGACAGGAACUUUGUAAAUGACUUCUCAUCAGUAAUUGUUGAUAGGGCAUUUGAAGGUCAAGAGAAAGCUAUGUUAUUAAAUGAAGUUGUAUGUGAACAUUUUAUGAGACAAGGAAUGCUAGAUGUGGCAGAUGCUAUUGUUGAGGAUGCAGACCUAGCCAUUGCUGAAGAUAAGAAAGAACCAUUUAUGGAAUUGCACAGAAUACUUGGUGCCUUAAGAAUGAAUGAUCUUGAUCCAGCAUUAUGUUGGGCACAUACCCAUGCAGUUAAAUUGAGAGAAAUGAACAGUUCAUUGGAAUUUAAGCUGCACAGAUUAAAGUUUAUAAACUUAAUCAAAGAAGGACCUUCAGCACAACUAGCUGCACUUUAUUAUUCAAAAAAUUUUGAAAAAUUUGCAGAUCAGCAUGCUAGAGAUAUUCAGAUUUUGAUGGGAAGUUUGUUAUUUCUCAGACAUGGAAUACAGAAUUCAUCAUAUAGCCAUCUUCUCUCUUCCAUAUACUGGGAUGAAAUCUGUGAUAUUUUUACAAGAGAUGCAUGUACCUUGAUGGGCAUGUCCAUGGAGAGUCCAUUAAGUGUCAGUAUUAAAGCUGGUUGUAUUGCUCUGCCACCAUUACUGAAUAUAAAACAGGUGAUGCAGCAAAGACAAGUGUCAGGAGUAUGGAGUAAUAAAGAUGAACUGCCGGUUGAGAUAGAUUUGGGAACUGAUUUCCGAUACCAUUCCGUAUUUGCCUGUCCAAUUCUUCGCCAACAGAGUACAGAUACCAAUCCGCCAAUGAGACUAAUAUGUGGUCAUGUGAUAUCAAAAGAUGCUUUAACUAAACUCUCCAGUGGUUCUAAGGUGAAAUGUCCUUACUGUCCUGUGGAACAAUCACCUUCAGAUGCCAGACAAGUUCAUUUCUAGUCACUGUCUGUGCUUCAUUGGCAACCAAUAAAGACUUAAUCAUUACAUAAAGUGAAAUUCAGGAAGUAUGGACAGAACUGACAGAGACCUACAGUCACACCAUUUUUGUUGAAGCAUGAUAAACAUAAUGAAUAUUUAUGAGUUGUAUCUGCUGAACAGACAUACAAUACGUAUCAUGUUUACAGACUUUCCUAUUGGACUCUCUAUCAUUUUUGUCCAGUACUUUAAAUGCAAGAGUAAAUAGUGGAUGCCUAGAAAUAACAAUACUUGUCCUCAACUAGCUUUGAAUUUAGCACAAUAUUACAAGAAAUAAUCCCCUGUAGACAUUCAGGAAGGAGAAAUGUUAUUUCAUCAAAAUACAAUCUUGAUAUAUUUAUUACAUAUUGUAAUUAUUGUAUUUGGAAUUAUUUGUUAAUUUAUAUUCAACAAGCAAUGUGUUUCUUGUUGUAAAUAUUUUUUGAAUUCUGUAUAUGACAUUAAACACAUUCAAGACAAUUUAUAAAACUUAAACUCUUGAACUUGCACAGGGAUCUUCCAAAUUUUCAUAAAAUUUGUUGCAGAAACUAAGAUAAAUUAUGGCACUCUAUUGUUUAUAUCAUGUUAGACAUUAUAGAAUGACAGUUUUAAAAACCAUCAGCAGUUCUGGAGGUUAACUUUUAGGAAAAAUAGACUACUUAAAAUUCAUAUAUCCGUAUUUCCUUGUAUAUAAUGGUUGGAUUAAAUGUUACAACAUUGUAUUUUUCUUAAGUCACAUGACUUGUUUAUUGAACACAUGACAUUAUUUUACCUUUUUCAAAGUGUAGUUUUUCCUUCUUCAUUAAGAAAAAUGCCAUCUUAUUUCUGUUAAUUAUGAAAAUGUUCAUUUUUUACUCCAGUUGCAUGUCUAAGGUCAUGCAGUUUUCUCAUAAGCAUUUGUGUAUUUUUUUUUUUAAUAAAAAACUUUUUAUUUUAUAGGGGACGAUUUUCAGUGCAGAUAUUAAUUAAGGCACAGCCAAGAAUUUUUAUUUUGAUUAAGUAAACAUGAGUUAUAUUUUCAUGAUUUUUACACGUUUGAAUAGGCAGUUUAACUGGAACAAUUUUCCACCAUAAACCAGUUAUCACUGUUUUGGAAUUAGCUUUUUCUGUGCAACAUAACAUCAUCCUGUGUUAAUAUCAGACGACCUUGGUUAUAUAUUUAAAGUUAGAUUUAUUUGAUUCAGUGUGGUUCCGAUAUCAACUUUCCUCCGAUUUUAUUGACAACGGAAUGUUAACAUCCUACAGAGCUUGAAAUAAUUAUGUUAUUUAUUAAUUUCUAUCAUUAUUCACAUGUGGUCUUCACAUAACAUAUUAUGCAAAAACACUACAUUUGGUAGUGACCUAUACUUCACUGCUAAAACGGGGAAGUCUGAGAUCUUAACUUUUAUUUACCUGUCUAUAUAAUUUGCUUUUACAUAUUCUUUUUGUUAAAAAAUAUUCAAGAAAAACAGUUAAAUUCUGACAGCAACUAGUCAUCAUGCAAUUCAGCAAAUUGUAAAUAAAAAUGGCAUGGUUUCAAUUAAAGUGUUUUGUUUGUUUGGCUUUGUAAGAUGUCAUAGUUAUAGUAUACUGACUGCUUCCACCGUAGUUUGACCUAUUAUCCAUCAAUGAUUUACUAUGGCUUGUGAAUCACCAUCAGUGUGAUCCAUUAUUCAUCAAUUAUUUACCAUAGCUUGUGAAUCACCAUAAUGUGAUCCAUUAUCCAUCAAUUAUUUACCAUGGCUUGUGAAUCACCAUCAGUGUGAUCCAUUAUUCAUCAAUUAUUUACCAUAGCUUGUGAAUCACCAUAAUGUAAUCCAUUAUCCAUCAAUGAUUUACCAUGGCUUGUGAAACACCAUAGUGUGAUCCAUUAUUCAUCAAUGAUUUACCAUAGCUUGUGAAUCACCAUAGUGUGAUCGAUUAUCCAUCAGUGAUUUACUAUGGCUUGUGAAUCACCAUCAGUGUGAUCCAUUAUUCAUCAAUUACUUACCAUAGCUUGUGAAUCACCAUAGUGUGAUCUAUUAUCCAUCAAUGAUUUACCAUGGCUUGUGAAUCACCAUAGUGUGAUCCAUUAUCCAUAAAUGAUUUACAAUGGCUUGUGAAUCACCAUCAGUGUGAUCCAUUAUCCUACAAUGAUUUAACAUGGCUUGUGAAUCACCAUAGUGUGAUCCAUAAUCCAUCAAUGAAAUACUAUGGCUCAUGAAUCCUUUUUUACAUAAUUCAGAUCAAUCACCACAAUGCAACAUUUUUAAUCAGGGACUGGCAGAAAAAAAUAUAUACAAUUUUGUUAUGAUGUGUAUUUUGUUUUUUAUUUAUUGACAAAAACAAACAAUAUAUAGUUGUGAACAUAUUUGAAUAAACCUGUCCUUAAAGUA